UGGAUUCAUCAUCUGAAUACAGGUCUACCUGCAGAAAUAAAAAAAGGUGACAUGAAGCUGGGUUUGCUGGCGCUGCUGGUUCUGGCAGCACUGCUGCCCAACCUUUCUGACAGUCGCAUUGUCUCCAAAUGCGAGCUGAAGGACAAACUUGCAGAGGCAAUCAACAAGACCAGAGGACCAGAACAAGUUACAGAAGAAAUUCUGGCAGAAAUUAUCUGUGAGGUCAACAGGAGAUCUAAUUUGAACACCAGCCUGGUAAAGACGGAGGGCUUUCGCCAUCCUCUGACUUCAAAUGUCACAUCUGGCAGCAGACACAAGAGAGAAGCCUCUUCCAGAGGAAGGCACCACUCAGAGGAGACAGAUAGUUAUGAGGAAAACAUGAUUCAGGAAAGAAACAUGGAGAAACACAAUGAGCACAAGAGCGAUGAAGAUAGCUUUGAGAUCAGUGAGGAAGAUGAAGAGGUCUCAAACUCAACUUCAGUACUGGGCAACCGAAGAAAGCGGGGAGCUCAUGAAAGGAGAAGGAACUACUCAAGGGGAAAGGGCAAGGACAACUCUCAUGAGAAAAAGAAGAAGCAUGAUAGCAGCGAAAGUAAGGACAUGAGCAAUGAAGACAGCCAUGAGACAACUGAAGAAGUGCCCUCAAAUUCAACUGCAGCUCCUGGAAACAACAGACAAAAGCGUGGAGCCCAUAACAAUAGAAGAGACCCCUCAGGGGAAAGAAGAGAUAAAGGAAAGUCUCAUAAGAAAGAGAAGAAGCAUGAUAGCAGCGAAAGUGAGGACAUGAGCAAUGAAGACAGCCAUGAGACAACUGAAAAAGUGCCCUCAAAUUCAACUGCAGCUCCUGGAAACAACAGACAAAAGCGUGGAGCCCGUGACAAUAGAAGAGACCCCUCAGGGGAAAGAAGUGGCAAAGGAAAGUCUCAUAAGAAAGAGAAGAAGCAUGAUAGCAGCGAAAGUGAGGACAUGAGCAAUGAAGACAGCCAUGAGACAACUGAAAAAGUGCCCUCAAAUUCAACUGCAGCUCCUGGAAACAACAGACAAAAGCGUGGAGCCCGUGACAAUAGAAGAGACCCCUCAGGGGAAAGAAGAGAUAAAGGAAAGUCUCAUAAGAAAGAGAAGAAGCAUGAUAGCAGCGAAAGUGAGGACAUGAGCAAUGAAGACAGCCAUGAGACAACUGAAAAAGUGCCCUCAAAUUCAACUGCAGCUCCUGGAAACAACAGACAAAAGCGUGGAGCCCGUGACAAUAGAAGAGACCCCUCAGGGGAAAGAAGUGGCAAAGGAAAGUCUCAUAAGAAAGAGAAGAAGCAUGAUAGCAGCGAAAGUGAGGACAUGAGCAAUGAAGACAGCCAUGAGACAACUGAAAAAGUGCCCUCAAAUUCAACUGCAGCUCCUGGAAACAACAGACAAAAGCGUGGAGCCCGUGACAAUAGAAGAGACCCCUCAGGGGAAAGAAGAGAUAAAGGAAAGUCUCAUAAGAAAGAGAAGAAGCAUGAUAGCAGCGAAAGUGAGGACAUGAGCAAUGAAGACAGCCAUGAGACAACUGAAAAAGUGCCCUCAAAUUCAACUGCAGCUCCUGGAAACAACAGACAAAAGCGUGGAGCCCGUGACAAUAGAAGAGACCCCUCAGGGGAAAGAAGAGGAAAGGGCAAAGGAAAGUCUCAUGAGAGAAAGAGGGGACAUGACAGCAGUGAAAGUGAGGACAUGAGCAAUGAAGACAGCCAUGAGACAACUGAAAUAGUGCCCUCAAAUUCAACUGCAGCUCCUGGAAACAACAGACGGAAGCGUGGAGCCCAUGACAAUAGAAGAGACCCCUCAGGGGAAAGAAAAGGAAAGGGCAAAGAAAAGUCUCCUAAGACAACUGCAGCCUCUGCCUCUUAUGGUAUCUUCCAGCUGAGUGAUGGCUAUUUCUGUGAUUCCGGUAACAAUUUGUCCAGAAAUCUCUGCCAGAAAUCCUGCACAGACUUCACCAAUGAUGACAUAACGGAUGACAUUGAGUGUUUCUUGAAGGCAUUCUUUGAUGGGUAUCUUCGGAGGUCCCGUUCUCACCACUGUGACGAUGAAGCAGGAACAUCCCUUCAAGAUUGCUCCUAAGUGUCUCUGAAGGCACAUUUUCUUCCACCAGGUUUACUUCCACUGUGGGUUGUAGAUCACUGAAUUGAAGCAUUGUUUUCUUGUUUUUGUUGACUAUAACAGCAAUACCUUUUCAUCAAUCCUUUUCUUAAAGAUAACAAAAAAGGUUUUGUUAGAUUUAGGGCUUACUGUAGAUGUUUUUAAACCUAGUGAUUUAAAUAACUUCUGAUUUAUAGCAGUCUCUGUAAUAAAGGUGAAAAAGUGUAACUAUCUAUCUGACUAUCUAUAAACAGUUCUUAUAAUAUCUAUCAUCUAUUUGGUGACUGAUAACGUUUUAGAUACACCAAUAGGACCUGGUGAUAUUCAUCCAAAGUGUAACAUUUUAGGUCUGUAAUAAAAAUGCUAAAAAUUG